ACGGGAUAUUUGACGGGAUAUCAAACGGCGACGAAAACGGUCUUUUGAAGUAAAAAACGGGGUAUUUGAUCUCGUAUCAAACGGGGUAUUUGACGAGGUAUUGCACGAGUAACCCUCGUGUGAGAUGUUAAGCGUCAGAGCGGUGUAUUUGAUUGAAUUAGACGAAAAGAUGACUGGUCAACUUCUCACUCUUCUGAUGCUCUUCUUCCAAGAACCAACAACGACAAAGCAGCGUUCUACUUCUUCUACAUGAUACACUCCUCAAAUAUUUUCACCCUUCUCGACCUCGGCAACCCCAUCAGUUGGAGAUCCACCAAACCAGCCAGCUUCUUUGCGACCCGAAAAGUAUCUUGCGCUCUUCAUAGAGUUUGGUGUGGGGCAGCCAGAUCUUGUCGCGGACUUACUCACGGCAGCGUAUCGUAGAUUGUUUGCGGAUGGCGUGCAGUUGGGGGAAGGUAGUCCUUUUCGUAUCUGAUACAUUUUGGUACUUCCGUGGUGUCUUGAAUAUUUAACAGAAGAUCUGAAAGCCAGAAAAGUGCAUAAAGCUCUGACUUUGAGAAUCAAAGGCGUGAGCUCGUGCGACCUCACGUUUUAGCCGGUUCUUUUCUACGGUUCGACAAGCUCUUCUCUCUCUCUCACAGGUUGGAAAGCUGUUGAUCUGCGGCCGCCAGAAAAUGAGGAGUUACGGAUUGUUGGAGCUACUUACGCAGCCG